AUGAGUCGACGUCUAACUUUGGGGGGUAACCUGACAUUGGAACCAUGUCCUGGCAAGCCACACUCUGAGCUUCUUCAGCCACGUCUAGCCAUAGUAAGUGAUGAUCCUCUAGAGCCUGACGGGGGCGAAUCCCCUGAUCUGCCGCUGCCCACAGAGAGACACACACACCUUCGUCUUGCAACCAAGUCGGCAUCAUCCCCGCUGCCGGCGCGAGCCGGCGAUCGGACAUUGGUGCGGCGGCUUGACUUGUCAGAUGCCCUUACGCACUGA